AUGUGGAUACGCGUGUACGAAAGAAAGACCCACAAAAUAGAAAAGAACGUGGAAGGACCUGCAGAUGCAGAAGACAGAACUAAAGAAGAUACUCCGAACUCUUUCACGUACAGGUCAGCACGGGAGUACAUAUCCGAGUGCGCUGUAGGAAGAUACCGGCUUCUAGAUAGGGAGAGUGACUCCGUCCUGUGCGGGAGUUGGUCCUUCGAUAGACUCCUGAAGUGGGCGGAGGAAGGUCUCCCCGGACUCUUUGAAAGCGUCUCCCUCGGUCUUUGCGUGGGAGUUUUCGUGAAGGCGUACGAGAGUUCGGAGAAUGUCGUGAUUUUAGGGAGUACCGGCCUCUGCGUGUUCACAAGAAGCUCCCAGAAGGUCGUCCCGUACAAAAAGAUCAGAAAAGUCGUUUCCACCGGAAAAGUAGAAAUUCACGCGGAAAACGACUCCGAGCAGGGCGCAGAAGUUCUCGAAGUGUCGCCCUUCCCAGAGCUCCCAGAGGAGGUUCUCACGCUCUCCCUGCAGCCCGUGGGGGAGGAAGACGCCCCGAAUGAGCUCGUUCUGAGGCGAAUCUCCGAGCGAGUCUGUGCGACAGUUCCCCUCUACGGGCAGGGAAUAAAGUGCGUGAUAAUGCACGAGUCCGGGAGUAUCUCCGUGACUGAAGACUUUCUGAUCGUGCGGGAGAGUCCGAAGUAUCUCCUCAUUCCGCUGUGCAUGCUCCGGAAGGUCGAACUCGCAGGGAAGGGAAUCCUCACGAUACGGGACGCAAACUGCAGGGAGUUCGUCUUCCGCGUGGGAAAUUCUGAGGGCGUGCACCUUCUCCUGAAUAAGCUCGUGCAGGACGAUAGAUCCUUCAAAUCCGCGUAUUUCAGCGUCUUCCUGGAUAUGCUCCGGAUCUCCCACAGAAUGCAGUACGACCUCGAGAGAGGAAGUAACUGGGCCCUGGGGAGUACGUCCGAGUACAGGAUAUACGUCUGCAUAAAGACAGAGGAAACUUCUCCCUCUCCCAGCAGGAACAGCAGACCCUUCGUGUGGAUGGGAUGUUUCUGCCUGUGCGGAAUGGCGAGUACUCCGGAUCUGUACGAGAACUCUCUCGAGAAGUCGAAGCGAGUCUUUUACGGGGGAUACGAACAGGCAGAGAAAGACGCUUUUAGAGUCUGCACGGGAGACUCUGCGGAUGUUGAGAGCAUGAGAAGACUUCUGUGCGCAUUUACAGCCUUCGCAGGGGGGGAGUAUCUGCAGUCCCACGGGAUGAUUGCGUCUGUUCUCUACAGAGUCCUCGGGGAAACGGGGACUUUCUUUGGGAUAGUUCAUAUUUUCAGUCGGAUACUCCCGGGGUAUACGGGGCCAGAGAUAUACGGCCUGGGGAGAGAUCUCUCCGUCUUUGUGGGUCUUGCGAGGGAGAAGUACCCGGGACUCUGCAAGAACCUCGCAGAAAAGUCGAUCGAUUUGGAGGUGCUUGUAAGCCCGUGGUUUCUGGGGUUGUUCAGCACUCUCUUCCAGAGGAGGCAAAUUGAAGUUGUUUUCGAUCAUAUCGCGUACUUCGGGGUGAGUUUUGUCUUUAAGCUUGCUCUUUCGCUUCUGGAGAGGAUGUACCGGGGACUGUCUCGGUCGCAGGGGACUGGGUCGAUCCUAAAAGCGUCUGCGCAGUACUUCUUCGAGAACAAAAGCACUCCCCGGAUGGAGGAGAAGGAGUUUGCAGCUCUUCUCAGGAUAGCACGGGCGGACACAUUUGCAUCCCCGGAGAGCAUACACUAUAGAAGGCAGCAGUACGAAAUAUCCCAUCGAAGACUCCCCACCUUCUACGAAUAG